UAAUGUAAUAUUUUCUCUACACACACACAAAGACAAACACGUAAACUUAUCUUGCAGUUGCAUCAGUAUCACUCUUCUCUCCACUUCCUCUGAUCAUAGAUGCACAAAGGCUAAACUUGGGAGGGAUUGGAUCUAAUCACAAAAGAAAAAGAAGUAGAAGGAAAAAAAUUAAAAUGUCGAUUCAGGUCUCCGAACUCUUGCCGGACAAAGUCUGCUAUGUCCACUGCAAUUUCUGCACUACAGUCCUCGCCGUAAAUAUCCCGAGCAACAGUAUGUCUAAUAUUGUUACAGUAAGAUGUGGUCAUUGUUCCAAUCUUUUAUCAGCGGAUAUGAGGGGUAUGGUUCUAACUGACACUCAGCAAAAUAAUCAGGAAAUUCAGUACGACAUGAAAACUGAGGAUCUCCAUGUGCAUCUGGGGUCAGUUUCUGAAUGCAGUAGGGCAUCAGAAGUCAACACAUUUGGCGUUGGUCAACAAAGAAUUCUGCCAAAUCGCCCACCAGAAAAGAGGCAGAGAGUACCAUCAGCUUAUAACAAGUUCAUUAAGGAAGAGAUCCAAAGAAUCAAAGCAAGUAACCCUGACAUUAGCCACAGGGAAGCUUUCAGUGCCGCAGCUAAGAAU